ACAGCCGUCGAGAAUUCCGGGACUUCCUGAAAAUAGUGCCAUGUUUUAUGUGGAUUUUUGGCAAAACAAACGAGGAUAUAUUUGUUUUGUGUGGUGGUUUAGAUUGAAUGUGACUACCUUUGUCUUUUCUUUUUAGCAGAUCGAUUGUCGUCAAAGAAACAGUGUAGGAAUAUGUGAUUGUAUGUUUCAGCCGUUACGCAUAUCAUAUAUCCCUCCGCUGUUUUUUGUCCCCUUUCAGACUGUUUUGGUCUUUUCGCUGUUAGCAACGGCAAGAACCUGAGAUAGCUGGAAACCCGAUUUGAGAUUAACGUAUUUUUCUGUUCGGAUUACACAACGAAUUGACAAGAGGUCUAACACUCGUUUUUAUUUUGCGAGAGUGAUUGUCACUUGUUGUCUUUUUAAAAUAUAUUUUUUUCCCGUUUUUAACAGUAAUUGUACAGAUUGCUAAUAUAGAUAGCAACUGUUAGCCAGCUAGUGUCUUAGCAUAGCAUCUUCCUCAAGAGGCACGUUGAUAUUACCCUGGUACCAGCUAGACACAUUUUAGGAUUGCUAACGUUAGCGAGCCGUCACACAUCACACAUCGCCCUAUCGUCAAGGAAUUGCGGUGUUAAUUGGUCGUUUUCAGACGCUGUCUUUUAUGGGAUCACCAUGUCAAUGAAGGCCGGUGGAAAUCGCAGCAAGCCCGGCGGUGGCAACACGGCUGGAGCCGCCGCCGCCGGUGCCGGAGGAAGCGGAGGGGGAAGACAGAAUCUGGGCAGGGGAAGACACAGUGGUAAAGGCCCUGCAGCGGUCAUUUUCAAUGGUGUAUAUGCAAACAUGAGGAUGGUCCAUGUCUUGACUUCAGUGGUGGGCACCAAGUGUGAGCUGAAAGUCAAAAAUGGAGCAGUUUACGAAGGAGUAUUUAAAACAUACGGUCCAGAGGUAAGGAUCAAACACUGCGUCCUUUCUAGGUGCUUAAAUGGAGCUAGAUCUGUCAUUUCCUUU